AACCACAAAAUCUGCCUACCCCAGUCAAAGAGUUUCCUUGCUCGUGUAGUUCGCUGGAAUUCAGUCUUUGCAGUAUCACAGCAAUGGCUUUGGCAGAUACCACACGUGGAAUAUCCAAUGGUGGAAAUUCAGGCUCUCUUUUUCCUGAAAUCAUUGAGCUUAAUGUUGGGGGGCAGGUAUACGUGACUCGACAUACAACUUUGAUCGCCGUCCCGGACUCUCUUCUCUGGAACAUGUUUAGCCAGAGAACCCCCAAGGAGCUGGCUAGAGACAGCAAAGGGCGCUACUUUCUGGACAGAGACGGCUUUCUGUUCCGUUACAUUUUGGACUACCUUAGGGAUCUGAACCUGGUUCUGCCCGAUUACUUUCCGGAGAAAUGCCGGCUGCAGAGGGAAGCCGAGUUUUUCCAGCUGCACGACUUGUCCAAGCGCCUGAGCCCCAAAGUGAGCAAAGAGAAUUCGAUCAGCGAGGAGAUCUGCCAGAGCGACACCGAGGAAGCAGCGCUGUUCGCGGGGGUCGGGGGGUCCAGCCUGGAAGCCUCCCGAGCUGUGUCCUCGGUGAGCAGCGUAAACCCUCGCUCCCCAUCCCUGGAGUCGAGAAAGUCGGGCUACAUUACUGUCGGAUACCGGGGCUCCUACACCAUUGGCAGAGAUACUCAAACCGAUGCUAAGUUCAGGAGGGUAGCCAGGAUCACAGUGUGUGGCAAGACGUCUCUGGCCAAGGAGGUGUUUGGAGACACCCUGAACGAGAGCAGGGACCCUGACCGACCCCCAGAGAGGUACACCUCCCGAUACUACCUGAAAUUUAAUUUCCUGGAGCAGGCGUUUGAUAAGCUGACGGAGUCGGGCUUCCACAUGGUGGCUUGCAGCUCCACCGGCACCUGUGCCUACGCAAGUAACGACCCCAACGAGGACAAAAUCUGGACGAGCUACACAGAGUACGUUUUCUGCAGAGACUGACUUUGUCCUGCUCAAGAUCCUGAAGUAAGACCAACUUCGGACUUUAAAUGAUACCAAAACAUGUCGAUAAAGUUUCUUUACUUUUGCGCUCUGUACUAUUUUAUAUUGAUAUAUUUUUUACACUUAUAGCCUCCACCCCGGACUUCUUUUUUACUUAUAAUCAUUUAAGGUCUUGCUUCUUAACAGUGAAAAUAGCUGUUACAAUGUACGAGUGACGGUGAACAUUUACUGUUUUGUUUAUGUAGUUACUUUGAGUUGCAUAACAAGACCUCAUUUUAUUACGUUAUCUCAAAUUGUUUUGACAUGCAGGAGAGGAAGUAUAGUUUUUCCUGUAGUUUUGUACUGUGUUCCCCAAUAUUGAGGCGUUUUCUGUUGUGUCCAGUAGCUUGAAGUACAGGUACUGUACAGUAUAUGUUAAUUCGGCACCUUACUUCGGAUGCGAUCAGUUAGUGUGGUUGGUUGCCUUCUGAUCUGAAUACAAUGAAAAAAGUAAAAUCAAUGGGCAACGGUUAAAGGCUGUCUUUAAAUGUAUAUUUUGAAAAUAUUUUCUAUUUUUCUGGCGGCGGUUGAUUGCCGCGCAGCUGUAAUUUGGACAAUUACGUGUAAUGUAUACAUUAUUUCAACAGUCGGGGUCUGAGUGUUGGUUUAGAAACACUUUUACUACGCUCUCCCAAUGAUAUGUCUCCAAACGUAUCACCUAAAAAUGUAAAAAUAAUUGUAAAAGCCAGUAGCUGCCAUCAGUUUCGUAUUUUCUAAAUGUAUUUUCAGCCGUAGAAUGACGACAUUGCUGUGUUGUAUCAGUGAUUUGCAAACGAAGAACUAAGGACACUUAACUCUUAGUCCUUGUUCUCUUAAUCAUACUGAGUAGAAGAACUUUCUCCUCCACAGGAAGUAGUCAUUUUGUAAUAAUUCCUUAGGAUUAAUGUCAGUUAUAACUGAUGCACAAUAUCAUUAUACAACAAUUAAUGUUGCUGUACACAGAGGAAAAAGCAUUACUGUACGUGACAGCUUGUUGUCUAAAUAUUACAGGCUUGCAUUUGUGAUGACUUUUACUGUAUUUUGAAAGUUCUAUUGCUGACGUGAGAAGUAUUUUAUGAGAAAAUGUUUAAAAAGUUCACUGCCAGUUUAUGAAACAUCUAUAUCGUUUUAAGAACGUAACAUUUUUAGCUAUCGGCUAAUUUUUUCCUCCGUAAUUUGUAAACUGUUGUAAAAUAAACAUUUCUGUAGUUUCACUUUACCAUUGAAUAUACCAUUUCUUGAUAUUUGAUUUGUCAAGACUUUUAUACAGAUUAAUUUGUUAGUGGCAAUCUAAUAUAGGUUAUAUUAAUAAAGCAUUGGCUAAAUGUUUGGUAUGGUGCAGCAUUUUUAAAUUUCUUGAUUUGUAGAUUUUUUUUAAUCAUGAAGAUCCUUAAAAAUAGGGUUAUCCUAUUGUGGUCCUGCAGGGCUGUAUGUGUCUUCAGGUUUCAUAGGUCCUUUCAGCUGUUAAAUACCUGGGAAAGGUUACUUAAUUGGUUCAAUUAAGCCAUUAACGAGCUGACAUAAGUCAUUAAGAGCCAAGUUGGAAAGAAAGAACACAGACCUUCCAGGACCAGGAUUUGACACCUCUGCAUUAAAUGAUCUUCAAAAUGUGACCAAACGUUUUAAAUCUUACACAGCUCUGAAGCCUUUUCAACCAAAUUAAACAUUUAUAAAAUUUAUUACAUAGGCCUAUAUGUUUUAAAAGCAUCUGGUUCUGCAAUAACGUGUAUGACUCUGAGCAUUGUAUUUCUAAAAUUGUAAAAGUAGUUCAAUAAACUCUUCCAUUUCUGUGAA